AUGAAUAAGAGAUACUUACAGAAGGCAACAAAAGGAAAACUGCUAAUAAUAAUAUUUGUUGUAACGCUGUGGGGGAAAUUAGCAUCUGGGGCAAAUCAUCAUAAAGCUCACCAUGUUAAAACGGGGACCUGUGAAGUGGUGGCACUCCACAGAUGUUGCAAUAAGAACAAGAUAGAAGAAAGAUCACAGACGGUGAAGUGCUCCUGCUUCCCUGGGCAGGUAGCAGGUACCACCCGGGCAGCUCCUUCUUGUGUUGAUGCUUCAAUAGUGGAGCAGAAAUGGUGGUGCCACAUGCAACCAUGUCUUGAAGGGGAGGAAUGUAAAGUUCUUCCAGAUCGUAAGGGAUGGAGCUGUUCCUCUGGGAAUAAAGUAAAAACAACUAGGGCAAACGUGUAAAACUCCUCAAGUCCGAAUGGAGAAGUAGAGAAAGGAGGUUUCUGCUGUGCCUGAUGACAAUUUUUGAUUUUUCCACACACACAAAAUAUUCUGGCUCCACGUUGGAGCACUAGUUGUGAUGAAUUCUAGUCUUGGUCGGACUCUAAGGAAGGGCCAGAACGUUCGUUGAGGAAUAAAGAGUCAAACCACUCCAGAAAAUGUGUUCCAGCCCUGGUUUAUUACUCACAGAGCAGCAGGUAACCCGAUAGCUAAAGACAAAUCAAGUCAGUCUCAAGGCUGAUAACAUUAAAUACAACACAUAGGAAUUUAAUUCCUCCAGGCAAUCCUUGAAGUGAAAUUUUAUACUGCUGGGGUGUAUCCUUCAGAAUCAAUUGUUUCAAUGAUAACCUGGCUUGUAAUCAGCAACAGCCUUGAGAUCAAAACUACUGGAAAGUUAUUCUGAACUUCUGUGUCACAAAGAUUUCAACUGAUUGAACUGUGUACACUUUUAAAAUUGCCCUUGCUGAGGAAUUUGCAGCUGUAAUCACAAGAGUUGAUAUUCAAAAGGUGCAGAAAAGAAGCAAUCUUUGGAUUCUCCAUUCCAGACCAGCAGCUUUUCAUCUUGAUGAAGUCAAACUCCAAAAUGUAUUGGUUCCUUCCCUCUAAAAUGAUCCCUGGUCCACCAUUCAGAUUGCUGGUGGGACUGCACACUGCUUUAAUUAAAUUUCUGUUGCAGAAAUUGUCCUCUGGCAUGGCGCAGUUUUAGACAUUUUUAUUUGUAUUCUAAUCUUGGAGCUCUCAAAGGUACAUAUUUCAACAUCUUGAAGUUGCUUUUGUUAUAGGAAUGGAAAUAUAUAUCCAUUGUUAAUAAUUAUUGUUGACAAGUAAUAGUUAUCUGAAUACAUCAGUCAUAUUAGAAUGUAUAGUCAGGUUGACAUGUUUCCCUAAGGCUAACCAGCUACUGCAGCUCUUUGGCAGUUAAAAAAGUAGUGGUCAAAACUCAAUUACCACUUCCAUUAUAAGGCAUUUUAUACCUUUAAGAUAUACAUUUCCAUUUAGUUUGAAGGAGAUGGGUGUUCCUGAUACGUACUUUACUUUCCCAACCUUUAAUUCAUUGAAAUUCAUGGUAAGCAAUGACAGCAUUUCGUCCCUUUUUAUAAAGGUAGGCAGGGAUGUAAAUGAGUUUUGCAAUUAUGAAAUUGGAUGGUAAUCAUUCAGAAUUUUUGUCUUUUUAUUAAAAAAUAAAAUCUCUUGCUUGAACCUAAGUACUGUUGGAUGCUUAUGUAGAUGUCUGCUCAGUCUGUUUGCUAUCAAGGAAAAAAAGUCCUAGUGCCCUCCCAGAUUUACAGUUUGUGGGUAUUUUGCUUGCUUACAGUCAUCCAAUUCAGAUCUGAUCCUUGCCAAAAUCACAUUUACUUUUUCAUUUUUUGUUUCAGUAGCAAUUUUUGAACUUUGUGAUGUGCUGUUACAUGAAAAAAAUCCUCAAUAUUUAAAGGCCUUAAGCAUCUAUGAGCUUUUUUCUAAGUUAUUACAGAAUGUAUAAUUUUAUACUCCAUUUAAUGUAUAUUGUACCAUCUGUAAUAUUGAUACAGAAAUUUGGCAAUGCCUUUUAGUGACACUGCAUAAGCAUGCUGACUGGAGAGGGUGAGGGAGUUCUGACUGUGUGCUUUGGUGCAUUGAAAUGAAAACCACACACGCUUAAUGGUAGUCCAAAAUAUAUAGGGCCAAGCUUAUUUAAAAGUCCUGUGUGGUUACCAGACCCCCAGAAAAAGAGGGAAAUGAUUUUAUCAUUACAAGCCAUUGACGUGGCUAGGUAGCUAUAUAUUAAGUUCCAUGAUGGAUGAACACCCUGGAGUGCUCUGCCUGUCACAGUAGCCCCUGCUGUUCCAAAACCAUUUCAUUACCUCUGCUGUAUUAUUGCACAGGAGAGCUUAAAUAAAAUAAAUGACUGUUGGGAAUGAAACUGAGAAGUAUAUUCUAUCAUUCUGCUGAGAAAUAAAAAAUGUUGGCAGGGAAAGAUAUUCUUUUCUGAUUAAAAUUUAAUUAGGAUAAACUGUUUGUAGGAGCAACUAGGUAUCUCAGUAUUUUAGGAUGGAUUAAUAUUGUAUGGAAUUGUGCUAACAGGUGCAGGACAGAAGGUAGCAUUUUCAAGAGGUUGUUUGGGACAGUGCAAAGUGUAAAUGUACUGGUUUGUAAAAUCUGAAUGUGGCCUCUCUUUGGUCAAAAAUCUACAUCAUGCUUCUCAAUAUUUGGUUUCCUUGUUUCUUUGUUCCUAAACCAACACUGAAAAUACUGUAUUAUAUACAAGUGUAACACAUGCAUAUCAAUAAGUGAAAAUAAAUGGAUUUUCAAAUAUACUGAA